GGUUUGGUUUAUUAGAAGAAACAACAAUAAAUUAUGCAGAAAGACAAAAAGAAACAGAAGAAAAAUUAAAGGCAAUUAUUUCUUAUAAGGAACAACAAUUGCAAGAAUCAGAGAAACAAAGAGAUAUCUUACAACAAUUAGAGAGCAGCGCAAAAGGGAGAGUAGAAGAAGUGCUUCUCUCUGCUCGUCGGGAGGCAGCAGAAAAAGAUGCAACUGCAGCAGCAGCACUUCGUCAGGAAGUUAUUGGAUAA